AUGCUGACCAUACCAUGCCCGUACCCACCUUACGAGAACGAUGAGGACCAAAAUCUUUGUGAUCAUGGAGCUCCAGUCCAGGGUUACGCCUUUGCCAUUUCCUCCACGAUCGUUGCGAAAGUUCCAUUCCAGUUUCACGUCCCCAUCAGCGCCGAUGCAACUGAGGAGGACUCGGCAGAACAAGCCUUCUGGCGCGACCAUAGCCUACGGAGUUUUGAGCUGCUACGCAAAGAGGGUCGUUUUCCUGUCGCUACUGGGGCGGAAAUUCUCAAAGAUGUUAUUACGAAUGGGUGGACGGGCUGUAACUCUGCUCGUUCUUUCGAGGAAAUCGAGAGGGAAGUGCUCGAUGCUAUCGGGGCUGCGGAGUCUACCCUGAAGGUGCACAACUCUGCUUCCUGGGAUUGGAUGGGUGGGCUCGCUGCUUGGUUCGGGAAGUCCGAGGUCAUUACUGCUGACGAUACCAAAAGUCUGGAAGCAGACUGCUUGCAUUGGCUGGAGAGUAACACUAUCAGACCUGACUGGCUCGAGGAAGAUGACUAUCGCGCAAGGUGGGAAGCUAUUGGGCUACACGUAGAGCCUGGGAUUCACGAAUAUCACAUGGGAGGCUGA